AUGGCAACGAUGAUGUGGAAUCGACCAGGAAAAGGACAGGUGCCGGUGCAGGUGCAGGUGCAGGUGGCCAAUGGUGGAGCUGCUGGCACCAAGCGUCGCGCGGAUCACUCAAACCUCUCCGACUCUGAGCGCUUUGCGAAGAGAUUCAACCUCCUGAAUCUCGAUGCAGGCCCCAAUGCCAGUAGCAACUACUACAUCCCCGUCGCGAACCAGCCGUCGCCAACCGACGCGUCGACUAGUUCUACAUCUCCAAACAAUGGAGCCGCACGCACCGUGAUGAGCAACGAUGAGUACAUGGACGUAGAAGACACACGUGAUCGCGUCUACAUUCGCGAUCUCGACGAAGAGCUCGCAGACAUCGAGUCGGACGAAGAGAAGCUCAUCUUCCUGCCAGACAUCGAGAAACGUCUCAGCAAGCUGCCAAGAUACCUACUGACAGGCCGUGCCGAGGAUCAGGAAGGGCAAGAGCUGGUGCUGUAUGGCGUGCCGAAGUCACUGACUGUGCAGGAAGGGCAGGACACCGUGAGGAAGGCAAUCAUCGAGAGUAGGCAAAGAGCUCGCGACAAGGCGAUAGAGGAAGCUCGACUGGAAGACAUGAAACGACAGUACGACCAGAGCGCUCUGACUGCCCCUGCAGAGACGGCACAUGGCUAUAGUGGUGGCUAUGUCGUGGACGAGCAUACCGUGGACGACGAUCCGGAUGCAAUGGACAUGGACUGA